AUGAUCAAACAUGAAUUGCAUCAGGUCCCGGUGACGGCACUGGCCUUAAGUAAGGAUUACUUGUUUGCAGGAGAAGGUCCAGUCCUGAGAAUCCACAGGCGUCACGACAAUCAGCUUCUCCAAUCCAUCAAAGUCUUCUCUUCACAAGCCGUACAUGGCAUAGCCAUAUAUUCUGAAGGCAUCAUCGCCUGGGGUGGUCGUUUGGUCACAUUAUAUGCUUUGACUACAAACGAGUCUUCACCUCUAAGCUUCAUCUCUUCCUUUGAAGCGGCUGAUUGGAUUCUCGAUAUAUCAAUUUCACCUAAGAUAUCUGGUGAGAAGCAACAGGCAGCUUUAAUCACUGCUCACAAUGCUCUUCUUCUACUGGAUCUGGACUUGAAGGCGGGACUAGAUGAGUUGACAUCGAAUUCAAAGUGUAUCCUCUACUCAGCCCACAUCCAUUGGAUCGGCAACGACAAUAUCCUUAUAGCAUCGGGUACGGUCUUUGGGGAUAUCAUUGUGUGGUCAUGUCUCUUGCGAGAGAAUGCCGCGCCCUCUUCGACUCUCCACCAUGUGCUGAUAGGCCACGAAGGCUCCAUCUUCGGUGUUCAGAUAUUCGAAGCGCCAGCACGUAAAGGUCACGCAGGUCCCUCUCGACUGCUUGCUAGCUGUAGCGACGACCGUACCAUCCGCAUAUGGGACAUCACAUCUCUUCCCGAGGCUGCCACCAACCCACAGGCAGCCGCUGACUUGACUUCCGCCCGUGAAACUGGGUUCGGUGCCAACGUAGCAGAUCUUCUUCCGGAUAAUAUCUCGGGUGGGAGAUGUAUCGCCAAAGGCUGGGGUCAUGCCUCUAGGAUAUGGGGUGUGAAGUUCAUUUCAUCUCCAGAUCCUAAAAUCCUCUCUUACGUUGUAUCUUUUGGUGAGGACGCUACUCAUCAAUUCUGGAGUCUUGGUGAGGCAAAUACCGAUGAGUAUGAAUUGUCUCACCUCGGCGGUUCUAGCUUGCAUUCUGGCAAGAACAUCUGGUCGUGGGCUGUGCAUCAAGAUACCUUAGGAGAUGUUACCAUCGCUAGUGGUGGCGCAGAUGGCAGUAUUGCCAUUGAGCCGAAGUCGAUCCCAUUCACCAGCGAAUCGGACCACACUCAGACUUGGUCCAUACAAGUACUCAGUCUAUCGUGUCCUGGCCAAGCGCAAUCCGGACGUCAUGACAAACUGCGGAGUUAUGCUUUCAUCGGAAAAACUGACCUGCUGGUUACCACUGAUACUGGAAACAUACUGUUGUUGACACAAGACAAACAAGGCCAAGCUCAGACAAACUGGAUCUGCAAAGAAGAGAAGCUCCGCGGUUAUUCGGUCGUCACCAGUAUAUCUAGCUUGUCCGUCGCCUUUUUGGCUGGAAGUGACGGCUCUGUCAUGCUUUUUGAUGGCAGAGAUGUCAGCGAGCUAGUAGUAUCUACCAGGAAAACAGCAGCUCUGUUUUCCCAGUGUCUACAUACCCAAUCGACUACUGACCAUCAGAUCGGUCUUUUGGUGGCUAAUGUGGAAGCUAAGACAGCUCUCUUCUCAUUAUUCAACUUGAGCGAUGUCGAGGAUAGUGCUCGGACGGUUGGGCAUGUGACGCAGUGCCGACUUACGUUGCCUAAGGGCUUCGUCACCACAAGCUUUUAUGCCGUCAGUCUUGAUCAGAAAGAAGAAUUGUUGCUCAUUCUGGGCUCCCGUAACGGUUCGGUGGCCAUCUUUCACACAAACACUGCGAUAGAGCGCAACGAUAAUUGGGAACAUGAACAUCUCAUCGCUCGAGCCCAUGGCUUUGAGUCUGUGACAGACCUUGCUUGGCUUGCCGGGCCAGGCUCGGCCGACAGUAGCGGUCACUUCUUUUCGGUCGGUAAAGAUGGUACCUAUGCUAUACAUCACCUGUCGAAGUCAGACUCAGGUGUGAGAACUCGACUUGUCAAUCAGACAACCCUUCCUCUAGGCACAAAUAUUGAAGGUCUUCACAUUGACGAAGAUACUCAACAUCUUCUGGUCUGGGGAUUUCACAGUCGUCAGUUCAUUGUAUAUGAUGCGACUAGUGAAUCUGAGACCAUGAACGUUGACUGCGGCGGUGCAAAUAGGAUCUGGAAAUUUGAGCCUGGAAGCAAAUUGCAAGGCGGUCAUUUUGUCUGGACGCAAGCUUCUCAUCUAUGCCUUUACUCACAGACUCAACUACAUACAAAGAUGCUGAACAGGGGCAAUCAUGGCCGUGAGAUCAAAUCUCUGGCUGUCGCACCCAGAAAUCCGACGAAUGCCGGUGUGCUGUUUGCAACGGGUUCAGAAGACACGGAUAUCAAGCUUUUCCAAUACCGGAACGAGGGCGAGUCGCCCUACUUCCGUUGUUUGAAGACUUUGAGAAAGCACAAUACUGGUAUUCGGCAGCUGGAGUGGUCAUCUGAUGGACACUACCUCUUCAGUAGCGCUGGCUUUGAGGAGUUCUUUGUCUGGAGAGUUGAGACUGCUCCUCUGGUCGAGCUAGGAGUGGUCUGCGAAUCCACGUGUCCUGCCGAAAGUGAAUUGCCUGAUUUGAGAAUCAUGAGCUUCUCGGUUAGGGAAGAAUCUGGCAGUUUUGUCAUUACCAUGGUCCGAUCAGACUCCACUCUGCGGAUGUACCGAUACUGCCCAGGCCAAAUAAACACCUGGAGCAUUCUAAUGGUCGGAAACUAUCUGACAUCGUGCCUCACUCAAUGCCUUCAUAUCAAGAACAGUGAUAAGGUACAGUCGCUCAUCACCGCGGGUACGGAUGGCUACAUCGCUUUCUAUCCCCUCGAGAACGAUUUUUCGACAAAAGCGACCGGAGUAAGCGCUUUAAGUUGGACUUCUCGCGCUAACGUCCAUCAAAAUACGAUACACUCCAUGAAGUUGCAUUGGUUCAACGAAAAGACAUGUUUACUCUUGACUGGAGGUGAUGACAAUGCCAUCGCUUUCUCCAUCUGCGUAUGGAACGCGGCAGAGAAGACGCCACAGGUCAGCACAUUGAUUGUCCCGCAUGCGCAUACCGCUGCUGUUACAGGUGUCGAGAUUCUAGCCUCGUCUACACAAGAUCUACUUACCAUCGCAACAACCAGUAUCGACCAACGAGUCAAGAUUUGGGAAGUGCGCUAUGAUUCUUCCCGAAGGGGUGUCGAUGGCCUAACGGUGAAGAAAAAGGGCAACUACUUCACGGCUGUUGCAGAUGUUUCAAGUCUUGCUGCUCUGGAUGCCACUUCCCUCAUUGUCUGCGGAGUUGGCUUGGACGUUUGGAGCCACAAAGGUUGA